ACCCUUAUCAGACAGCACACAUCCGCUGCCUGGGCUCUCCCCACGCAGCUGCAUCUGGAGUUGGAGUGUCAGUUCUGCAAAGAGGAAACAGGGACGCUUCAGUACCAAGUGGCAGUUGUUGGGCCGGCAAGCGGCCUGCCUGCUCUGUUGCAAGGUUCUCUGUGCCAGGAGAUGCCACACAAAGGCAUGUUUUCUAGUCCCUCCAGCUCUGCCAGCCUUCCCUUCAGCCCGGCUCACCUUCCCCCUCCACUGGCUGCCACUCCAGCCGGGGAGCACCCUCCGAAGGUGCCGAGAAGGGCCGUGCAGGCAGCCAGGCCAGGGGAAGCCACCAGUUGCUCUGGCUGCUUCUAACCGAGGUGCUACCGAGCAUGGGGUUGGGGGAGAUCCUCAUUCACAGGCAGAAAGUACAGUUUGGGAAGGAGUGUGGUGGAACCGAGAUAGAAAGACUGGAAAAAUAUAGAGAUUUACCAGUAGCCCCACUGGGCUUCCCUGCCUUCCGCUCUCCAAACCUGGGAAGGUUAAGAAAACAAGAGGCAGCCAGCUUUAGGAUGCCCACCCUCCCUGGGCCACAGCUGGGAACACUCAGGGCUCCCUACAACGCAACAGCUGGGGCACAGGCCUCACGGUCACCUGACGAUGGCUGGUUAUAUCGGGCACCAGGCGUCAGGCACCCCUUGGCCUCGCUUUAAAUAGCGUGCUGGAAAGCCCGCCUGGGACCUGCUGGAAUGUGCCUCCGCCCUCUUAGGAGAACAGGCCCCUCCCAGCCCCCCACAGUCCCACUCCUUAGGAGCACUAAGGCUCCUCUGCUCAAGGCCAAGCUGGAAAUGAUAAAAUAGCAACUGAAAAGCAAAGGGGGCUUCAGCCUUUGGGGCAGAACAGCCGUGUCCAGCAGCCCCACUCCUGCAGACAGGAUGCAGUGAGCAGCCCUGGGGCCAAUCCAAGUCCCUAGAGGCCUUGGCUGUCCACGUCCGUGGCCCGCUGGAGUGGACCGACACUCUUCCCAGAGCGGGGCCCGGGUCCCCUGGGCGUGAGUCUGCAGCUUUCAGACUUCCUAACCCUGGAGGACGGCUGACUUUAGAGGCGAAGCUCCGGAUCAACAGGCCCCGCCUUUCCGGCACAGCAGUUCAGCCCGGCCCCACCUUCCCCCUCCCUGCUCUGGAGAUCACGCCCCAACUGACCAGGGUCUCCACGCAACCUCUCACUCACAAGCGGAGGUGCGACCCUCUGCAAUCCCUCCUGGGUCUUUGGGCGUGGGGGGCACAGGUGAAAAAGCCCCCCGCCGACCCGCUCGCCUCCGCCUUCUCUCUGUCUCUGAUGGCUACAUUAGGCAGUGCAGGCCCUGGGCCAAUCAGGCUGAAAAAGCCAGGCCAAGUAGCCGAAGAGGGGAGGGGAAAGCAGCCCAGCUCCUGAGCCCCGGGCAAGCUCCCCCUCGGCUUCGGUCAGCCCACCGGUCCCUCGGUCCCUCCUCCAGGAAUGGGACCAGCGGGUGGGCUCCCAUCCUCCUGGAAACCCGGGGAGCGAGAUGCCCGGAGGCCCCAGAACAAGGGAGGGGACCACCUUCCUGUGCACACCUGCUCCACUGGUCAGUGGGAGGAGGUCUGUUCGGUGUGACCUGAGGAGAGGGGUCUUAUGCUCGGGAAGGAGUUCACGAGCCUGAGACAGAAAGACUCGCAAGAUCUGCCUUUGGUGACAAGUCACAGGAGGUUCUCAAAGAGCAAGUGUGGCCUGGUGAGUGAUGAAAGAUGUUUUCCAGACUCCCGUGUGGGGUGGGGCUGAUCACGCAGAGCCCUGGUCCCUGUGCUGAGCCCAUCGCAUGGGCCAGGCCCUCUGUGGGCUGCUCCUGGGCCGACUUAUCUUGCCCGUCGAAGAGGAGGCUGCCUGAGACAGGCGCCCAUGGAGGGAUGGCGGAGGCAGCGCUGCCAGGCCCCACUCCCUUCCUCUCUCCGGUCUCAGUGUCCCCAUAUGCAAAAGAAAGGAGGCAGGAGUGGAUGACCCAUGGCAUUCUAGAAUUCUAUGCCUCCUAGUACAUUGGAAAACUGGGAUCCUGAUCUCCUUUGUAGCAACGUGCAGACCCUGGGGUGGGGCAUGGGAGAAGCUGGGAGGCUCUAAUUUCAGGAGCCUCCCCCUUUGACAGGAGACCAUCUAAUCCUCCACAGAGCCAUCACCUGCCUGCUACCCCCCAUCAUCACUUAAAACAUAGCCCCCCCAUCUCCAGCCGGCCCCCCACCACUCUCCUUCACCUCACACACCACAAACAUCCCGGGCAUGAAGGACACAGACAAAACUCCCCAAAGGUGUUGGAGGAAGGUCACUGACAGUGAAUGUGUGGGGGUGUGACCACCCCCCAAGGCCGCCUGGCCUCUGCUGCGCUGGCCGGACCCCGCCCAGAGGGGAAUCACAUGGGCUGGGUACUCCCGGAGCCCGGCCCUGUGCUCAACCCUCCCGACAGCCUCGAGAGACGGGCACCUCAUCUUCAUGGAAAACGAGAAAAGGAACAGACUCAGAGAGACGGAGCCACUCCCGUGUCACAAAAGCAGGAAGAAGGCUGGCAGUAUUCAAACCCAGGAUGAUUUGAAUGCUAUUCUAUGGGGGCGGCCCCCUGACCCGACGAGGGCAGUUAUCCUGUGGGGAAGGAGAUGCAGGAGGAAUCCGCGCUGGCCGUCCAGGCCCUGGAGGACCGUGAGGCAGAAGAGGGCGGAAUUGGCCUGAGUGACCACAGGUGGGACUGACGAGGUCACCAGGCGAUCCCAUCUUCUAACGAUCAGAGCUGCCCAAGAAGGAAUGGGCCGGGCUGGGCCGCAGGGGGGCUCCCCACUCGAGCAAAGGCCGCAUGCCAGAGGGAGGGCAGGGAGCCAAGUGCGGCGCAGAGGACUCGAGCGGAUGACCUUCAAGGCGGCUCUAAGGACGCUACGCUGUGAUGGCGGCGCCAGGAGUGACCGGCCUCACAGACCGCAGCCACCUGGGGGCGAAUGUGCCUGGCUGAGGGACGAGGCGGAGCUCAGGAGGAACCCCGGCAGGGACCCGGCACAACAUGGCAGCCUCCAACCUUGCGCUGGAGAUGCGCUCCAUAGGCGAGAGGCUGCUGUACAAGCUGCAGACACUGCCCCAGGCCGAGCCCGUGGAGAUCGUGGCCUUCUCGGUCCUUGUCAUUUUCACAGCCACUGUGCUGCUGCUGCUGCUGAUGGCCGUCGGCUACUGUUGCUGCCAGUGCUGCCGCCCUAAGCGGGGAGGCAGGAGGGCCCUGGUGGGACCCACGACCCCACCGUGAGGGCCAGGGCGGCGGCCGAGGAGGAGCCGGAGAGGAGACCGCCAAAGCCAUGACCCAGGGCGUCAGCCUGGCCCUGCAGCCCUCAACCCUCAAGACAAAGAUCCACGGGCCCAGCCCUGGCCUAGCCCAGGAACCCAGACACUGACUGAGAGCUGGAGCCUCGUCAAGGAAAUAAGGGCUGUGCCGGCCACAAAACUCUCACCUGACAGUGAACACAGGGUGCCGAGGAGGACUCGACUGUUUCUAAGACAGAAAACCACCGGGGGUUCUGUGCCUACCUGCGCUUUCUAACAAAACACAGAAGUGGGGUCCCCACACCUGGAGAACAGCCCGCACGUGUGGGGAGCUGGCUCAAGGCUCCCACGCCAAAGAGGAGCAGGCCAAUCGGAGAGGGGCUUUGCGCAGCAGCUCCUGAGUCCCAAGCUCCCCCCAGAGCACGGACACGUCUGUGUUCCAUUCCAGUAUUUGCCUGUUUCUUUCCCAGUAAAAGCUUUCUGGUUA